UAGCCGCUACACGUGAUCCAACGGGACGUAAACAAAUGUGGUGGGAACGCCGAGGUGGAUCAAUGUGGAUUUGAAAGCUUGUGUUGUGAGUGCCGUGUCGCCCGUGUCUCCGAGUGGUCGCCGCAGCCUCCGUUGGGAUGUCUGGAAGUAGCAGUGGAGCUGGUACUGGCAGCGGCGUCCAAAAACGGGUUUAUCUUGAUUUCAAUGCGACCACACCACUGGCUCCUGAGGUGAUAAAAGCAGUAGAGCAGAGUAUGCAUGAGGCAUGGGGUAAUCCCAGCUCUGCUCAUGAAGAAGGUGCCAGAGCAAGAACGGUUAUAAAUCAGGCUCGGGAUGAUGUUGCCAGGAUGAUUGGUGCCUUGCCCCAAGAUGUAUUGUUUAUGUCUGGUGGCACAGAGGCCAACAAUGUAGUGCUGCACUGUGCUGUAACACACUUCCGCAAGUGGUGCUUAUCACAAGAGAGCCCUAUUUAUCAUCACCUUCGCCCACACAUCAUAACCACGAAAGUUGAACACGAUGCCAUCAAGUUACCAUUGACACACAGAUAUGCAAUUGAGGCUGAAAAUGUUUUAAACAUUGCAGAUGUAACAUACCUGGGUGUUGAGAACCUUCCUGAAGCAGUGCUGGAGUCUAUCCGACCCUCCACGUGCCUCAUCACAGUCAUGCUGGCCAACAAUGAGACUGGCAUUAUGUUUUCUGUUGCUCAUAUUGGCAGGUUAUUAGCUGAGGUAAACAAGAAACGGGAAAACGAAGGGUUGUUCAAAGUCCUCCUCCACACAGAUGCUGCACAGGCUAUUGGGAAAGUUCCCGUGGAUGUUACAGACCUCAAUGUUGACUACCUAACAAUUGUUGGACACAAGUAUUAUGGACCUCGGAUUGGUGCACUGUAUAUCCGUGGUUUAGGGCACAAGACGCCUGUAUAUCCUAUGCUGUACGGAGGUGGCCAAGAGAGAGGAUACCGGCCAGGUACGGAGAACACUCCAAUGAUUGCUGGGUUGGGCCGAGCAUCACUUCUAGUUCAUAACAAUGUUCAAGACUAUUAUGCAUCGAUGAAAAAAACUAGAAACUAUAUGGAAAGACAAUUGAAGAAAGUAUUUGGCAACCAAGUAAAGAUCAACUGUGUAGACCCCUGUAUAGCCUCAGACCCAGAAGCCUGUUCUAUACCACCUCGAGGUCCUAAGCAGCAGCACUUUAUAUUCCCUCGCCUUCCAAAUACAUCUUCAGUUUCCUUUUACUACAGACAGGUUGCUGGAGCUGAUAUUCUACGUCAUUGUCGACUUGUUCAGGCCAGCUGUGGAGCAGCUUGCCAUGCACACACCGAUCAUCAAAGUAUUCUUGAGGCUUCGGGUGUCUGCUCAUUCCAUGCCUCGCGCACUAUUCGUCUGAGCCUUGGACGGGACACCACAAUGGAGGAAAUCGACUUGGCUAUUCAGGACAUCAAGCAAGCAAUUGACAAGUUGAUUGGGCGGUCAUUGUAAAAAUAUUGGUGUUUGAAAGCAUCACUUGAAAUGUGUUAAAAAAAGCCUUAAUGCUGAAUAGUAAGGCUUUAGUACAUCAUGUAGCUCUGCUCCAUAUUAAGGUUGAUGCUCUGGCAAUCCUAAAAUAGAAACCAAUGUAAAUAUGUGACUGGAUCCACACCACACAGAUACCUGCAUUAUGCACAAUGGACAUGCUGUAUUUACAGAAAACUUUUAUAUAACUAAAUUAAUCGUGUAUGAGAAGUUGAUUCAUUAUAGUUUAUUACAAUUUUACAAAUUUCUUAUUAAAAUUUAUAUGUAAUUUUUGGCUAAAUAUAUUUUCAGUUAUUACUCAACAUAGAUAUUUAUUGUACUAAGGUUGGAUUAUAUAUUUUAAUACAUUAGUUUCGUUACUAUUGUAAUUUUUUAAUUAUCUUUUGGCAGACUGUUUCUUGUAAAGUAGAGUGUGCUUUAUAUAUUGAUGGUGAUACAUACACCACAAAGUGGAUAGGCUAGUUUGUACUUAAAAUGGCAAAGUGACGCUCUUCUAUUUGGCUUUUAUUCGGGUGCAUAUUGAGCCAGAACAUGGAGCCAAUUUUAAUGACAAUGCAUCAAAUUCACUUAUUUUAUUGAAGCAGAAUUAUGAUGACCAGACCACACACUAGAAUGUGAAGGGACGACGACGUUUCGGUCCGUCCUGGACCAUUCUCAAUCGACUUGAGAAUGGUCCAGGACGGACCGAAACGUCGUCGUCCCUUCACCUUCUAGUGUGUGGUCUAGUCAUCAUACUUUAGCCACGUUAUUGUGACUCAUCUCCUGCAAGCAGAAUUAGUCACAUGAAUUUAAAACUUAUUUAAGAAUCAUAUAAUUGUGAUCAAUUUAAAAAAUAUGACCUUUUUUAUUUUAAGGAAUGACCAGCAUGUAAUUUGUUUAUUUCCUGUGUACAAAGUGACUGGUGUUGAGGGUUGGUGUUGGGGUAUGGAGUAAUAUUUUGGACACUAGAUCUACUUGACAAUAUGCUGUGAUAUGCUGUAUUUUGCAUGUUUUCAUUACCAAUUAUGUUAAGUAUUGAUACCACUCAACCCUUGAUGUGACUUUGUGGAAAUGAUAAGAUUGACUCUGAUACUCUACUGUAUAGUAAAAUAAGAAAUGAUAAGAUUGACUCUGAUACUCUACUGUAUAGUAAAAUAAGACAACUAAAAAAUAUGUACAGUACAGUAUUAGGCAUUUUAUGUCAGCUGAAAAUGCCAUGGGUUCUGCUAUUAUAUCAAAUAAUUUUGAAAACUUCUUUAAUCUGGCUUUCUUCUGGUUUAGCUAAAAAAAAUCUACUUUAAAUUGUUUUGUUUUAUAUAUGGUGAGGAUGAAGCAAAGUAUAAAGUUUACAAAAUUUCAACGGACAUAGUGUACAAUAUUCGAGAAAAGUAUAAUGACUAAUGUGUGAGUGCCAGAGUUGAGUAGGCCAGCAGGCGGUGGUUACGAAGUGUGUGCCUAGUCCAGGGCCCCAACGUGACUGUGUGAAGCUAUGUGCGCACUUUGGCCAGGAUUGGAAUGCUCAACUUAAUAUUAAUGGAGACCCAUUAAUGCAUGACCCCAUUAAUUGGGUUAUAUUGUCAUUUCAGUAAUACAAAAGCUAAAUGCGUACCUUUUGUACGAUAAGCUUUUAUGUCUUCGGUAUCUUACAUUUGAUAUAAAGUACAUAUUUGAGCAUGACAUGUUAAUAAUUUCUAUAUUUUGGACCAUUAUCUUUUCCCAAUUACAUGGACUAGGUGAUGUGUUUUAACGCUGCUCAUUGUAGGUCCCGUUAGGUGCCACCCACUACAGAUGCUGUGAUCCACCUGUCCCUGUAGUAAGCCAACUACUGGGAAAGCUGGACCAGAACCUCUUGUAGUAGGCAUUCUACAGGGCUCUGAUCCAGCUGCCCCUGUCAUUUUCCCACUACAGGGACUCUGGUCCAGCAGUACCUGUAGUAAGCCCACUACAGGGACUCUGGUCCAGCUGUACCUGUAGUAAGCCCACUACAGGGACUCUGGUCCAGCUGUACCUGUAGUAAGCCCACUACAGGGGCUCUGGUCCAGCAGUACCUGUAGUAAGCCCACUACAGGGACUCUGGUCCAGCUGUACCUGUAGUAAGCCCACUACAGGGACUCUGGUCCAGCAGUACCUGUAGUAAGCCCACUACAGGGACUCUGGUCCAGCUGUACCUGUAGUAAGCCCACUACAGGGACUCUGGUCCAGCAGUACCUGUAGUAAGCCCACUACAGGGGCUCUGGUCCAGCAGUACCUGUAGUAAGCCCACUACAGGGGCUCUGGUCUAGCAGUACCUGUAGUAAGCCCACUACAGGGGCUCUGGUCUAGCUGUACCUGUAGUAAGCCCACUACAGGGGCUCUGGUCUAGCUGUACCUGUAGUAAGCCCACUACAGGGGCUCUGGUCCAGCAGUACCUGUAGUAAGCCCACUACAGGGGCUCUGGUCUAGCAGUACCUGUAGUAAGCCCACUACAGGGACUCUGGUCUAGCAGUACCUGUAGUAAGCCCACUACAGGGACUCUGGUCCAGCAGUACCUGUAGUAAGCCCACUACAGGGACACUGGUCCAGCUGUACCUGUAGUAAGCCCACUACAGGGACUCUGGUCCAGCUGUACCUGUAGUAAGCCCACUACAGGGACACUGGUCCAGCAGUACCUGUAGUAAGCCCACUACAGGGACACUGGUCCAGCAGUACCUGUAGUAAGCCCACUACAGGGACACUGGUCCAGCAGUACCUGUAGUAAGCCCACUACAGGGACUCUGGUCCAGCAGUACCUGUAGUAAGCCCACUACAGGGGCUCUGGUCUAGCAGUACCUGUAGUAAGCCCACUACAGGGGCUCUGGUCCAGCAGUACCUGUAGUAAGCCCACUACAGGGGCUCUGGUCUAGCAGUACCUGUAGUAAGCCCACUACAGGGGCUCUGGUCUAGCUGUACCUGUAGUAAGCCCACUACAGGGACUACAGACCAGAGCCCCACUACAGGGGCUCUGGUCUAGCAGUACCUGUAGUAAGCCCACUACAGGGGCUCUGGUCCAGCAGUACCUGUAGUAAGCCCACUACAGGGGCUCUGGUCUAGCAGUACCUGUAGUAAGCCCACUACAGGGGCUCUGGUCUAGCUGUACCUGUAGUAAGCCCACUACAGGGACUCUGGUCCAGCAGUACCUGUAGUAAGCCCACUACAGGGACUCUGGUCCAGCAGUACCUGUAGUAAGCCCACUACAGGGACUCUGGUCUAGCAGUACCUUGAGGUAAAUGUAGUGUGUUAUAGAUUUUUUUAAAUUAUUCUCUUAGUUGCUUUU